AUGGAAGAUGCCCCAACCUUAGUUUCAGGCUGGGCAUGGCUUCCAAGCAACAUUCUGGAUUUGAUUAUAGAAAAGUUGAUCCCAAUCUUUGACUAUAUCCGAUUUAGUGCAGUUUGCAAGCAUUGGCAAUCAGUAACUUUACAUUGCAAGAAGCAGCGCCUCAAAUCAUGUCACAAGCAGAUUCCUAUGCUCAUCAUUCCCACCAUAGAUGGUAGCUGCGAAAGGCGUGGCUUGUAUAGUGUCACACAAGGUAAGACUUGUAGCUUUGAGUUGAAUGUGUAUUACAGUAAGAGGUUCUGUGGUUCUUCCCACGGUUGGUUGGCCUGCGUGGAUGAGAAUCUGGUAGUAACCCUCUUAAACCCUUUUUCCGGGCGUACCAUUAACGUUCCACCAGUCCCCAAAUCCACUUGUAGAUCGACAGUAGCUUAUAGAAGUGAUUACUACAUUAAUAAAGUUGUAUUGUCUGCAGACCCUUCUUUUCUUCCUAAUGACUAUGAAGUAUUGGUCAUCUAUGAUGGCUAUGGGAAACAAGUAGCCCAUUUUAAGUCAGGGGAUGAUGCUUGGACUAGCAUAGAUCAAGUGAUUGGAUUCGAUGAUGUAAUUUAUUAUAAAGGCCAGUUUCUAGGUGUUAGUUUGGGUGGUAGUGUUUUUCGGAUGAAUGUUAGCAGGGAUCAAACUACUAAACCCCAUGUAAGCUUACUUGUGCCAAUGUCUCCAGGCACUGACAAUAAGACGUACCUUGUGCAAUCAUCCCAGGGAGAUCUUUUGCUGGUUAGGAAGUUCAAACGAAUAAAUUAUUGUGAGCGCAUUAUGAAGUCUCUCAACUUCAAGUUUUUCAAGUUUAAAAGGUUAAAGUUUGAACGAGUAAAUGGUUAUGAUCGUUUUACGGAGACUCUGGGCUUCAAGGUUUUCAAGCUGUUCUGUGCUCAUUGGGAGAGACCCCAAUGGGUUGAGAUUGAAAGUGUUGGAAAUGAAGCUUUGUUUUUGGGUACCAAUCAAUCCAUGUGUGUCUCUGCGUUGGACUUUCCGGGUUGUCAGACAAAUUCCAUAUACUUCACUGAUGAUUGUGUAGAUGUAGAAUGCCAUAAACCUAAAGGGCCUCAUGACAUGGGUGUCUUCAACUUGGAAAACAGACACAUGGGAACACAUUACUGCUUGGAUCGUUCGCAGAAGCACAUGCCACCGGCAAUUUGGAUUUUGCCCUCUAUGGUGUGA